CCCAACUCCAGACACGCGGAUUAACGAGUCUGGAGUUCGCUAUAUAUAGACAUGAAAACAGUAGCUCUUUACUGUGGAGCGAUAAAUUAUAAAUUUUAGUCGUCGGAAUUGUGAGUUGGUUUCAUUCAUCUGCAAAUACUUGCAAUGGAGGAUGGAUGCCCAACUAGAAAUGCAGGGCAUUAUACUAAUUGUUUUGGAUCACUUUGUCUCCACCAAGUCAGGGAGUGCCUGAAACGAUGUCUUCCCAGCCAUGAAUCAGCCGUCGGCUGCUCCUCUUCACGGCUCCUCGAGCUAAUUUCCCGCCUCUGCAUAUCGGCGCAGCGCUCGCCGAUCGGCCACGAAUUCUGAAUGAGCAGAUGUACAUUCGAAGCAGGGACAGCACGGACACACAAGCAGCAGUCAGUCAACGCCGGGGUGAUAGCACAGCCCUACGAUUGAGCAGUCUUCAUUAGACGGGCAAGAGUGGAGCCGGAUCUAUCGCUGACAGCCGGGGCAUAAACACGCUGCAAACUAAGGGGAACUUCAGAGUACAAACUACUCAACAUAAUCUCUCCUCAUCAUCAGCGGCCAUUAAAGAUUUAUUCCUGAGUCUCAUAGCACCAGGGCGGCUUGACAUCCCAAUUAACUGAACACACUCGAGUGAAAUCUGAUCCGAGCUGUCUCUUUCGUCGCUGCACGUCCCAGGAGGAAAUUACAAAAUACAACCUGCUUGUUGGAAACUGAACAGACGGCGCAUCGAUCGUUUCCUCGUACCCACCGUACGAACUUUGUGCUUCGAUAAAGUGUUCUCUCAGACUCAAAGAAGAUGUAAACCGUUCACUUUGGGAAGCCGUUUCUGAGUCAAUGAUAGACGUCAACCUCUGUGUACAGUGUUGAGAACUGACAGUUAAUUCAUUAAAGAAAAGGGUCGUUGCCUCAACUCUCAGUCGCAACCAAAUCCCACCUAUAGCCUGGAUCUGAAGUUAGCAAGCCAGUGGUUAUAGUUUUCACCUGAACUGGGCUAUCAACUUGGUUAUCAACCUCGUUAAAUAAGACAACAUGGAUUACGUGUUUGAGCACUCCCCUAGCAUGGAGGAGUUGGCAUCGAAGGGUGUUCAUCUCCAUUGGAACAGUCUACUGUCAGAGAUUGGAGGCACGGCUUUACUGGCUGGCCAAGAUGAACUCUACGUGCUUUGGCAGAAGCUGCGAAACGACGAGCCGGAACUACUUUUGGUAUUUCAGAAUUUCCUCCGCAAGGCCGUGUCUGAGAUACAGAAAGUGCACGACAGCUGCGACACCUUAGUUAAAACUAAGAAUGGGAUCCACACAGACGAAAUGCGUCGGUUGUAUGAAGAAAUGGAGCAAAUCUUAGCACAGGAAAGAGAAUCACUGAAAAUGAAGUACCAAGAGGAGUUGCAAGCGGAGAUGGACAGAUGGUUGGAAGAGAAGGAUCUAGAAAUGAAGGAGAUCCUACAGAGAAAGAAAGAGCUAGAACAAUCUUUACAGGAAUUGGACAGGAAAGAAAAAGAAAAAAGUCUGCAUAAUCAACAGCUCGAAACCAUGGUGAUGGAGUUGAGUCGACAUGAAGCUAACAUCGUGGCUGAAAAUGAGGAUCUCGUCAAGGAAAAUUCACAGUUGCGCAUGCGCCUUGACCAGUCCCUGGCGGGGCUAAAUGAAACCCAACAGCUCUGUCUUCAACUACAAGAAGAAACAGAGCGAGAGAGGGAAUUCAUCGAGAGGUAUGUCCGAAGAGAGUAUGCUGAGGUAGUACGAGAACAAGAAAGAAAGUCACGUGACCGCCAAAGCCUUGAACUCCAGCUCGAGAAACUCAGGGAGAAGUACGAGAACCUGGUGGAAGAUAACUACGAGGUUCGUCCAAGGAGGGUUGGCGUGAUGCAAAUGAGCCGCGUCAGCAGCUACAGCGACUGUGAAUGCGACCAGCAAAUGCAGGUAACAGAGCCAGAUUUUCUUCAGCUGCGGACGCCAGACCGCUGUUUCAAGGUCGUCAUGUGCGGUGAUUCGGGCGUUGGAAAGACGAGCUUCCUACAGCGCUUCUGCCACAACACUUUCUCAGACAACCCGCAGGUCACCAUCGAAAUCGGAUUUCACAUGAAGUCCCUAGUACUGGAUAACUCCGUCGUGUCGUUACAAAUUUGGGACACAGCAGGCCAGGAACGAUUCCGUAGUAUUCCACAUGCGUACUUCAGGAAGGCGGACGGCGUUCUGCUUCUGUAUGAUCUGUCCUGUGAGAAAUCCUUUCUGAGUGUCAAGAGUUGGAUUGCGAGUAUCAGGGAGGUUGACGAUGCAGCCACCAUCAUGCUCGUCGGACACAAGGAGGAUUUGGCUGAAUAUGACCGGGAGGUUCCUAAGGAAUUGGCUUACAACUGCGCGCAGGAGAACGGUGCCUUGUUCAUUGAAGCGAGUUCGAAAACGGGGUACAACAUCUUCGAGACACUUGGAAAAUUAGCUAGGGAACUCCAAAAACGAGAGGACGACACCGUAAGCAGGGUAUACACCGUGGAACUCAAUGAGCAAAUCAUCUUCGCUCCAUCCAAGAAAAAGUGUUGCACCAUCUGAGACGUGACGUCAUCGGCGUCCCGCCAACUCUUGCCCAAUAAACAGAGCGUUUUAAGUCACGUGCCUACCAAUAUGAUCAAAUAUAUAUCACUCUUCUGGUUAGGUAACACCAUAUGCGUGAUAAUUAUUUAUCUGAGCAGGGAAAACUUUGUGCUCAUGUAAGAAGAGUUUCUUUUGUCUUGCUCGACACCCAUAUCUAGUAAGGGACAAUUUAAAGGCGCGUUGAUACUUCAGGCGAAUGGUACCGCGAAGCGAAUAUGACGUCACGACAACUUUGCGGCGAAAUCUCGUUUGCUUUGAAACAUGUUUCUUUCACGAAUUUGCAGCGCGAGUACGUCAUCUGACGUCACAAAUGUACGUUUGCAUUCGCUUUCGCGCUAAGUAUGAACCGGUCUUAACUCAGUAAAUAUAGGCCUAUGUCUGACAAAUAUGAAGCUACCAUUUACUGGUUUUAUUUUCACAUAUGUACGGGAGACUUUUUUUAAGUUGGGUUUAGUCAUUUCUUCUUUAAGUGAGAAAAAUCAAUGAUCUCCCAUAGAUCUCAGUCUACACAAUACUACUAAAAUACAACUUGCGAUUUCCGUCAGCAAGCCGUGCAGCGAAUGCAUUCGUUUGCAUGGUCUCACCUUAAUAACAAUUAUAAUAAUGAGAAAAUUUAUUUGUAAAAUGUACUUAUCCUAGUCACCAUACCGAUGAGGCGCUGAUACUUAUUUUGGUAAAUGUUUUCACAGUGUUCUUGAUACACCGAGCUGUUACAUAGCCAACCAUUGGCUAGGGGGAACAAUAAGCAGUAUUUUUACCUGCAAAUUGAACGUGAGGCCAAUUGAUAUUUAAUGAUGCGUUGAUCUGUUUGGUCUCUGUUGAACUUUUACUGGUGGAAUAAAAACAAAUAAGAAUAAAUAAAUAAAUAAGAACAAUAUUUGGCACGAGAUUCUCGCAUUAAGAAUUUAACGUGAAAUUGAGAAAUUUGCUUGCGCGCUGUAUAAUACAAAAGAGGCAGUUGGGCAUUGAUGAGCAUGACCAAUAUGGACCAAAUAAAGAAAGGAAUAUAUUUUUUUCUGGCGAGAUUCACACCGUAUAUAUAGACGUCUCGAAGCACCCUGUGGCAUAUAAACUAAAUGCAUAGUGCCGCGCAGUAUACAUCUAGAGUAGGCCUAUUUGUGAAUAAGCAAGUUUUUGGAAUGGUCUAUCAUAGGAGAGGAAAGAUGCCUUAAAUAUUGUAUAUAACAUUUAUGUACAUAUUACAAUUCAUAUUAAGAAUGUACAGUAAUAUUUCAGAAACUUCGAGUACAAAAUAAUAUUAUUCUACCUGCGAUAUUCUACCACGCAGCGGAGUGAAGACUCAUGUAAAAGACUCUCAAAGUUCACAAAUUACUGACAUUCACCCCCCCUUUCUUCAUAAUAAAGAAGAUUAAGGAGAAGCAUGUAUGCAGUAACCCAGACUGUUGAAGCUGUGAUUGGAUCGUCAAUAUUAAUUAUGAAUCGUAAUAAUGGUAAAACACUUUUGCUGGCUUGCUUGGCAUUUGGCACAGGGGUUUCCUCCACUGGCGGGCGGACUUAAAAUUUGCUUUAUACCGAAACCUCGGCCAUGUUGGUUGUUAACGUUGCACUUGUUUUACCAAAACUUUUGAAUGUCCUCCAUAAAGGUGAAUUCUUGUCUGGCACAUACCUGAACAUUAAAGUGAAAUAAGAUUAUAAAAUAUGCUACUCGGAAUAUGUAAACAAUAUAAAUAGAAAAUAUAAAAUAAAAUUGUAUUAAAAAUAACCUGUAAUUACAUAUUUUGUCGACAAAUCCAAUUUAAUGAAUAAAUGUAUCUUUGUUGUAAAUGAGAUGAAAUUAACGUAAUACUUAAUUCGAAGCAUGUUGUAUACUGUGUAAAUAAAGGACAUCUAUUCGACCUCUGGAGUUCGAA